GAAAGAAGCUCUGUCCUCACAAAAUACAUUCCUUGUGCUGAGUGAUCAAAAUUACUGAAAGAAUAUGUAUUGGAAGAAAGUUCAUUCCUUAACUUUCGUGCUUCUUCUCAUGCUUUUGACGAAUGGCAGUUCCUUUUCACACGACGAACUGAAACUGUUUCAAUCUAAAGGCUACCACAGAUUCACCUGUAUAGGUUGCGUGUCUGUAGUGGCUAUAAUACAGCAGCUUUCUCAAGUCCACAACUCUACAGUAAAAGCAACUCUGGAAAGAUUCUGUACCUACUUACCUGAAACAUUCCACCUACAAGGUAUUUGCUUUUUGCUUAUUGAAAUAUAUGGACCAAAGAUUAUUAAAUUGGUAGAAACCAAAAUGAAUGCCGAUGUGAUAUGCCAUUCCAUUCAUGCGUGUAUAAAGAAAGCAGGUCAACCAUACUGUCAUCUAUACCCUCCUCCUAAGGAAAGGUUUAACAUAGCUAUAAAGAAAUUAGAAGGAAUGUUUACAACUAGAAGCCAGAAAUACAUGCAUGAACUAUCAUUUAUAUGUACGCUUCCUUUUAUGAAAAAUCUGUGCCGGAAAAUGGAAUUUUUUGUCAAGAACCAGUUACCAUUCGUAGAUCUUGAUGGAGAUAAGUUUAGUACUUACCAGAAUUUGAGAGGAUAUAACUGGAGAGGCCAAGACUGUAAUGACCGAAAUGCUGCUGUGUACCCUGGUAGACGCCCUGAAGCCUGGGAUGCAAAGGAGGAUUCCAACUGUAAUGGCAUAUUUGGUGUUGACUCAAAAGAUGGUAUUCCUUAUGAACAGAAAUUCUGCAAUGGCACAGAAUCCAAGGGUAUAAUUAUGCUGGGAGACUCUGCUGGAGCUCGAGCACAUAUCCCCCCUGAAUGGAUAACCGCGUCACAGAUAUCACCGAAAACUUAUUCCAACAUUCUUGAGGUAAUUAGCAACGAAAUUGACUGGCCUCAAUUUUCAGCAGUCACUGGGUUUCUCAAUUCCACAAUUGGAGGAAGGACAGAGUCACUCUACAGCCUAUUACGUAGAAGAAAUCGCUGCAAUCAUAAAGAUUACCAGAAUAUUUCUAAAAAUGGUGCCUCUUCAAGAAAUGUACUACAUCUUGUACAAAGCUUGGCAAGGAAUCAGCAAUUUGACAAACCAGCCAUAGUUAUUUUUGCAAUGAUUGGGAAUGAUGUCUGCAAUGGAAAUCCAGACACAUUGGACGAAAUGACACAUCCUAAACAAAUGCGCUCCAAUGUUGUGAAGACUUUGCUUUACCUGGAUAGUCAACUUCCAAAAGGGAGCCACGUGAUUUUGAUUGGCUUAGUAAAUGGUAGCUUUAUCUGGGAUGCCAUGCACAGGAGAUACCAUCCUCUUGGUCAGCUAAACAAAGAUGUCACAUAUGAACAAUUUUAUUCUUUUCUUAGUUGUCUUCAGAUUAAUCCAUGCAAUGGCUGGUUGACUUCAAAUGACAUACUUAGGAAUUUGACUACAGAGAGAGCCAUGCUUCUUUCCAAUGUCCUGAAAGAAAUAGCAAAAUCUGAGAAGUAUUCCAAUUUUGACGUUUUCUACAUGGAUUUCCCACUGAAAGAAAUUAUUGUGAUGUGGCACAAAAUAAAAGGAGAAACUUGGCAGCUAUUAGAACCCAUGGAUGGAUUUCACCCUAAUCAGUUUGCUUCUGCAUUUGAAGCAAGAAUCCUGUGGAAGAAGCUCCUUCAGGAAAGGCCUGAUAUUCUUGGAAAAGAAAAUCCAUUCAACAGUGAGAUUGCAGCAAUCUUUCACAGUCAGGGACACUAAUAUAUACAUUAUGUAUAUACAGUAUUAGAACAGUGGAAAAAGAGUGGACAAUC